AUGCCGGAUGCACUCUCUCGUUCACCAGUUCAGAGCCUUGUUGAGGACAAUGAUGUGCUGGAUGAUGCAGAUCCAUUGCAUGCUGCUGUUGUACUGUCUUUAUUAGCUACUUGUGAGGAGGGCAUAAGGUUAGCACCUCAACAGGACCAGACGCUGGAUAAGAUUCGUGAUGCUUCUGCACAUGAUGGUGAAUAUCUGUCGUUAAGAGAUGUAAUAAUGAAAGGAUUUCCAGAUCAUAAGCAUAGCUUACCGGAAAAGUUGCGAGCAUACUGGGGGAUUCGGGACAUGCUGGCCGUGGAUGAUGGUUUGAUAGUUUAUGGACCUAGACUUCUCAUACCUCGCAGCCUGUGUAGCGAAACUUUGCAGUGUCUACAUGAUGCUCACCAAGGAGUGGACCGCACCAAGCGUCGAGCACGCCAGACUAUAUACUGGCCAGGGAUUGACAGGGACGUUGAGAAUACAGUGAAGUCUUGUUCUCGUUGCCGAGAGCUGUUACCAGGUCAGCAGAAUGAGCCUUUGAUGCAGGAAGACUUGCCAAGUCAAGUAUUUGAGUCCGUGUCUGCUGAUUAUUUUCAUAUCUCAGGCAAGACAUUUCUUGUGUACAUUGAUCGCCUAUCAGGUUGGCCGUAUGUAUCUUCGUGCAAUGGAUCAACUUCUGCAGCUCAACUAGUUAGUUUGUUGAGGCCAAUAUUUUCAGACACAGGAGUGCCUGUAGUACUGAAAACGGAUGGAGGACCGCAGUUCGCUUCAUCAACAUUGCGGCGUUUCCUUGCUCGAUGGUCAUGCCGAAGCUACUGUGAAGAUUAUCAAGAAGUUGAUUUUGACGACCACAGGAAAUGGCAAGCUGGAUGA